GAAACCUUGUGUAGCAGAUGACAUAAAGGAUUACGGCGUACAGGUGGUUGGAAAACCGUUAAAAUGAAGCCGAUAAUUUGGAUUAUUUCAACGUUAUUUUGGUGCCGGGUUUCAAGUUUAUCAGAAGUAUUUCUAUUAGGACCAACAGACAAAGCAAAAUUAACUGGUGAAAAUACAGUGUUUCGUUGUUCCCUGUCUCAAAAUACAACCUUUAGAACAAUACCAGCAACUGUACCAUAUAAAUUGACUUGGACCUAUAGACCCGUUGGUGCAUCAAAUCACACAGAAAUAGUCAAGUGGACUCGAUAUUUCGAUGGAACAUAUAAUCGUGAAUCGAGUAAUCCUAUUCGUUAUCCAGAAGACAAAGCCACCCGAUUAAGUAUACCAGAUACAAGACCAGAAGAUGCUGGAUUGUAUUCGUGUUCUACAAAUCUUACAAAUGAAGUUAUGUCAGCAGAAUUAUAUGUACUUGAGAGACCAACAUGCCAUAAUCAAUACCCAGAACUUCGUUAUGGUCAUAUAGCCACUUUUGAUUGCCAUGUUCAGUUUGCUGGAAAUAAAGCACCGACUAUUUAUUGGCAACUUGGUCGAGAAAAGAGGAACACAACUACAGAGAUGCAUAAUUCAACGAGUAUGACGGCUACGUUAAAUAUAACAGCGGGAGUUAAUAUGAAUGGACAUAUAUAUAACUGUAUAACUACUUACGCUAGGUUAAUAAAUAUACAAUGUCAAGCUAUGCCUCCUUUAAAAGUUUAUGUUCCUGCAGCCAUUACAGACUUAACCGUGAGUCCGAAAAGAGGUAAACUUGCUUACAAUGAAGGCUCAAAAGUCCAUCUGACUUGCUUAGCUAGAGGGUAUCCUCUCCCUCAUUUUUCAUGGACCUUCACACCGUUCACGAAUCCCACAGCCAGUCGACUGAUGUCGAGUUCAUCAUAUUAUGAUAUCUCUAGUUUUGAAGAGAGACAUGCGGGAUUAUAUAGAUGCUCAGUUGAUAAUGAUAUAGAUGGCGUGGUUUAUCAAGAUCAUCGGGAUAUUAAUAUUACUGUAAUAAAAAGGAAAGCUACAACUAAAAUACCUAAUUCCGGAGGUCAAGAGGUACCAUAUACUAUCCAUAGAAACAGCCAAGGUGUUCAACCAUCAAUAGAUGCUACUAGCCAAGCACCUAACAACAGUAUAUUCAAUAAAAAUUCUUCCAAAUCUCUCGACUUUGUGGAAGCCUCUUUUAAAUACCUCUCUAUUUUUUCUCCAUAUGCUAUCGGAGCAUUAGUCAGUGCUGGUUUAGCUGUAUUAUUAAUCAUUAUAUUUGUGGUUAUUGCCAUGAGAAUGAAGCUAUAUGAGCAAAUAAAACACAAAAAACAACCUAACUAUAUAACAACUACUGGUAAUAUCAGGAAAAAAGAGCAUAAAAUGCGUGAGAAGAUGGCGCGGUCGCACGAUGAAACACUGGAUGAUCAAGAAGUUGAACUAUUGGAUGAGAGUGUUCAGCUACAGUCUGACUAUAGGCCAUCAGAAUAUAGUAAAUUACGAAUGAGUUGGGAAAUACCGAGACGUGAUAUUAGACUGGUAGAACAGAUUGGUAAAGGAUCGUAUGUUGAAAUAUGGAAAGGACGAAUGAGAAAAACACCAAGCAGUAAUGAAAUCGUUCGUGUCUGCAUCAAAAAACUUAAUUCUGAAGCGAGUGAAAAAGAGAAGAGAUUUUUCCUGUCGGAGUUAGAAGUAUUAAAGAUGAUUAAAACUCAUACUAAUGUUAUCAGACUAGCUGGUAGUUAUACAGCUAAUGAACCAUGGUUAAUGAUGUUAGAGCUUGCUAGUGAAGGUUCAUUACAAGAAUUCCUACAACAGUUUAGACCUGGACACCAUGUUGUUAUUAAACGUGGCGAAAACGAGGGAGUUCGUCUUCGAUCUCAAUCUUUAUCUGCUCAUAAAUUAUUGGCUUUAUCAGCCCAGACAGUUAGCGGUCUCACUCAUUUAACCAAAUUUAAACUGGUGUAUUAUCGUUUAAAGACAGCCAGUAUACUUUGUGCUAAAGGUGGAAUAUGUAAAUUAUCUGGUUUUGGUUUUCCCCAAGAUAUAACAGAACGUAAUCAAUAUGAACCCGCCUCAUCACCAACGAGAUGGAUGUCACCUGAAUCAUUAGUAGAAAACAUCUACAAUACACAAACUGAUAUCUGGGCAUAUGGUAUUGUUCUCUGGGAAAUAUUUCAUUUUGGAAUGACACCAUAUCCAGGAAUGGGACCACAAGAAGUAUUAGAAAAAGUUCAUAGUGGUUAUAGAAUGCCCAGACCUCCACACAUGAGUCCAGAAUUAUAUCAUCUGAUGUUAUCAUGUUGGAAUUCUAAUCCUGAUGAUAGACCAGCUUACAGUUACAUACUAGAACGGCUGACAGUGAUGGCAUCAAAUCAUGCUGCUCAUCUCUUUAUGGACAAACUACCCGAUUUUGUAAAAGUUUCCGAUGGACUGGACAUACUGUCAUGAUGUUAUCAAUAAUAUUUUAUAAAUUUUUAUCAACAUAAUUUUGUAUUAGAUUAUUGAAAGAGCAUGAUGAACAACGUCUAUUUUAUACUGUUUACAAAGAUUGUAUCCCCCAAAUUUGGGCAGAGGAUGUUGGGCGUGUCUGGGUUUAAGUAAAGAAUAUGUAGAACAAUAGAAUGCAAAUCAUUACAAUUGUGUUCAUUUCGUUUUAUAUUUACCAUAAUGGAUGGGUUUUUAAAAAUUUGCUUUGUAUAAGUUCAUAGAUGAACUAUAUUAUGUUUUUCUGAAAGCACCCUCGUCUUCAACAUAUCGUCAACUGAUCCUUUUUAUUGGCUUUAAAAACGUUCAUCACCCGAAUCAAGAGAGAUAACUCCAUUUAUGGAGAUAAAAAGACAAUUCUGAAAGGUGAAAGGUCAUAAAUGAACUAUAUGUUUUUUUAGAAAGCACCCUCGGCACCUGAUCCUUUCUAUUGGCUUUUAAAAAAAAAAAGUUUCAUCACCCUACUCAAGAGAGAUAACACCAUUUAUGGAAACAAAAAGACAAAUCUGAGAGGUGAAAGCUCUAGAUCUCACAGAAAUUGACAGUGUUUAAUGUUUUUGUAAUAAUAUUUAACUUAUACAAGACUUGUUUAAAUCGGAUAUUUUCAGGUGUUUAAAAGUUAUCAGGGGGAAAAUCUCAUCUUGCCAAAAUAUUUUUCAAAGAUACUGAAUAGAGCAAAAAAAAAAAGAUGUAGAUAUUGUGUAAAAUAAGCUAAUAAUAGAAUUGGUAUCUAUCAUAAUUAGUAUGGGUUGAAAUAAUUUAAACUUGUAUUUACUAAUUAUACAUUGUAAGCUAACUUUGUAUUUUUAAUUUACUGAUUCUUUAAUUUUUAGUGCCAUACUUUCAACACUUCAGAUACAUUUAAUCAUUUUUUCUUGAAAAGUUUGGGAAUUUUUUAUCUCAAUAAUUUCACAAUGGAGUGAUCGUUUAUUUCUUUAUUCCUACAUUUACAGUCCAUCUUUUUAACAAAUAAAAUAUUUAUCACAUUUAAACAGUUCUUCACGUUUAUAAAAUUUUACGGGAGCCAUAAAAAUCUCCUGCCAAUUUCAAAAAUAAGAAAAAGCUCUUCUUAAUUAAAUUGCACGAUUAAUUCUACAUUUUCUCUAUAUUAAGGAAAGCCAAAUUGUAUUUAUGCUUUAGUCUUGUUUAAUAUUUGGUGAAUAUGGUAGCAUCAGAAUUAUCAUCAUGGAAACUGAUAGCUCGAACAUAUGCAAGUUAAAAAUAAACAAAAACUAAAGUAGUUUAUUAAUCUCAAUAUUUAGCUAGUUUACUCGAGUCUUUAAUUACUCCCGUGAAAGGAAAGUUGAGAUGCGUCGAGAGGAGCAGGAGUGAAAGUGCAUCUUAAACGUGAAGGACUGAUUUAAAACUGAAAAUGACGUAGUUAUGUUGAGAAGACAUGUUUAUUAUCAAUAUGGAUAAGAAAGAAUGAGUUCAAGACAUAAUAUAUUAAAUAUAUUAACAUCGGUUGUAAAUAUUAGGUAGUAUGGUAGUAUAUUUAAUCAUCAUUUUAUAAUAUUUUCUAGUAAUAUUCUACCAUUUAGUCAUGUUGGAUUAUUUACCGUCCACUUUAUGCUCACAGAAAUCCAUAGGCACAUCAUCUUGUAUAUCAGUAAAUAUUGUAUUCUUUUCCUAAAAGAUUAUGUAGAUGGUACAAAUGUAAAUUACCCUACUUUAAAACAUAAAGGAUAUGAAAGGGGUAUUAUCAUUUUCCUAGAGAAAAUUAGUAAUAUUUUAUUCAUUAUUAUCUUAAAUUCGCCAAAUUAUUGAAAAAAUUUCAAACAUGGAUCUAAGUAAUACCCUCAUCUGACCAGGGUGGCAUCCUUACUGCGCUGCUACGGUGACGAAAAAUGAUCUCAGAGCGUGUCAAGAUCACGAUAAGCGUGCUAAAGGCAUGGUGGAAACGCCAGAUAUCGUGCUGUGAUCUCCAUGGUCGCUCAAAACAAACGCCAAGGUUCUGUGAUCUGACCUGGAAAGCUGUGACUAUUUUCAAGUUUGUAAUUUUUUGGGACAUUUUUUUGCGUUGUGUUUACGUUUGCCGGCGACCUUGUGCAUUUUCUGGUCGCUGUACGGUCGCAGCAGCGCAGUAAGGAAGUCAUCCUGGUCUGACGGGGCAUAAGGUAUUUUUAUUAACAUAUUACAUUAUAAGUUACCAAAAUUUGGAAAAAUCUGUUUACACAUUUGGACUGUUACUUUUCUAACUAUGUGAAAUUUUGUAUUAUUUAUUAUGAUGAAUAUGAUCUCAAUUACGUUUUUCUACACAUAUUUUUAUGUUUCUUCAGCUUUUUAUACCAUUUUGAGAAACUCUUUCUGAUGAUAGAAAAUAUCAUUCUUAAUAUAAUGGAAUUUGUUACUAAUCUAUACUAAUAUUUGUGACUGUCGUUUGUCUGUCUGUCUGUCUGUCUGUUCGGGGUUGGCAGCUACACUAGGUCUGCCCCGAGUCUGAAAUUUGGGGUAUAGGGGUAGCUCGGACCGGGGAGUAACAUAGGCCAGGUGGCGUUAGUCUACCACUUCCGGUUUCGGAGUUAUGACCCCCGAGCGAAGCCGGGUAUCCUGCUAGUUAUUAAUAUAUUUCAUAAAAAUUUAUACCGGUUUGGUCAAAUAAUAUACUGGUAUAUAAUUUUCUAAAAUUACAACAAAUACAGACUUUUAUUUGAUUUGGAUCUAAGAAGAAAGUAGAUAGAUAAUUGGUAUUCAUUUAAAAACACACAAACUAUACGUUUAAAGACACAAACUAUACAUUAUUAACAUUAGCUUGACAUCAUUAUAAACAUUAAACAGUUGUUGUUGUUCUUAGUGUUUAACAUCCGUUUCCACCGAAGGUCAUAUCGCAGUUGUCUUAUUUUUCAUUUUUAUUAUGUUAGCGCACAUGUAGGGGUCUUUCCUGUGGGAGGAAACCGGAGUACCCUGAGUAAACCCUUGAGGUUGAGAAGGCACCCCUAUCUACAAGCCACAUACGCUCACACCAGAGUUCGAAACCACAAUGGCAAGCCAGCUAGAGUGUGAAGUGCGACUCUCAAGCCCACUAGGCCACCUCCCCCUUAUAAUUGAUAUGACCUUUUGUACUACAAGUGAUCUAUAUUUAGUAACUGGUUUAAUGAAAUUAAUACUACUUGUCAAUUAUUUUAACAGUUCAUAUAUCUAAGGCAUCAUUGAAUUAAUAUGACCUGAAAGAAGUAGACAUAUGUCCAUAAUCUUUCUGAAAUAAUGCUAGUGGCUUCAUGUAGACUAAACAAUAAUUACUAGGUGAUUAUAUAGGUUUGCCCACCAUAUAAUUAUUGUCUGUUUAUUGUUUUGAGGGGUGUGUUAAGUUUAUGGUCAUUUGUGGGCCAAUUACUCCACACAAUAAUUUGUUUUUUGAUGGUAUAUGACAGAGGAUAUGUACACAUUAAUUUAUCAGUAGAUUGUGAUUUACAUCUCUUGUCUAUUGUAAUGUACACCAUAUUAUUGUAUACAAUAUAGAUCUGAAAUCUCAAAAUACUCUUAAAAAAUCUCAUUUUAUUAGUCAGGUAUUUUCUGUUCUGUGUGCAUUUGAAACUGGUUUUAGAUUUUCAAUUUUUGCGAGGGGCUAAGUGGGCAAGAGGCUGGCACGCUAGCCUGGAAGUCACGUGUUCGAUCCCUACAUUGGCCAAGAAAGUUCAUCAGGAAUUUCUGACUUGGUUUCCCCAUAUCAGUGAUGCAGAACGGAGGGCCUAACAUGGACAGCUGUCUAUUCGUGCACGUAAAAGAUCCCCUGGCAGUUUGAAUUCGAUUUUAGAGUAGGCCAUACUGCUGCUGCCCGAUCAAAAUUUCCCUCAUAGCACACUGUACGGCGUAUGCUCGUUUUCAUUAAGCGCAGUCGGAACAGAACAGUAGGACGUUAAACCACAUUUCUUUUCAUUUCAGUUUUUGCGAAUAGUUUCAAACUAGCUUACUAUGAAACAUACAACCUCCCAUGUUUGAUUUUACUUGGUUAUAAAUAUGGUGGAUAGCUUGUAGACUGUAUCAACAGUUUUCAGUUGUUUAUCGUACCACACCUCUAGAAAACUAAUAUAGAUUCUGUUUUAAAACAAAAGCUUGAAACUAAAACCAGUUUCCAUACAAUAAAUUCAUUGUAAGUAAUAAUUCUGCAUGUGUUUAUUUUUAAUUGUAAACCUAGUGUCUUACGUGUGUUUUUUUUCCUUAUUCUUGCCUUAUUCAUACUUUACUGUACCAGUAUAACAAGUUAUUUUACCUAAAAAAGACUUGCACGAUUUUAAUUCAUUGAUUUCAGAUUUUAUUUCAAAUUUUCGAAUAUAAGACUUAUGGAUCGUAAGUCUUUUUUUCCCUUUUUCUCAGUCCCCCCCCCCUUCCCCCCUGGAUUAAUGAAAUGUGUUUUUUUUUAUGUCUUAAAUUCACAUUAAGUAUUAGAUAAAUAUAUAUGUUUUUUUUAAUGUUUAUUUUGAUGACAAUAUUCUGUAUAUAAAAUGCCUUUAAUCAAAACUGUUUUUAAACCAAUUCCAUUAACAACUGAAUGAAGUCAGUAACAGGUAAUUAUAUGCUAAUUGAGAUGCAAUUAUAAGCAUCAUUUGAUAAUGACCCAAAAUACAAUACUAUUCCAGGUACUCUGUAAUUUAGGAUUGCUUCUCCAUGUAACUAUUAGAAUAUACAAUCAAUAAAAUUUGAAUUGGAAUCAUUUCAUUCAUAUAGUAAAAGCACCCAACAUAGUUUUCAAAAUAUAACAUAGUGCUAUUGUAUAGUGCAUACCAUUCUUUUCAUUAAGAUAUGGUUUUUAUAAUGUAUAUAAUAUCAAACCUCAAAUCUUGUUGUCUAGUAAUAUAUGUAUCAUAAUACUCCAUAAUGUGUUGUAAAUGUUUGUAUCAUUUGUAUAUUGUUAUAAUAGAGAAGGACUAAUUACUGAACCUUGUAUAACCCAGUCCCGAGUUCACAAAGCAUUCUAAGACUUAAGUCAAGAAUUUACUCAAAAUUGUUUGCCUUAUUUUAACUAAAAUAUAGCCCUUUAUAAAGCUUUUGUUGUUUUAAUGUAUCAAAUACAUCAAUAAGAAAUUAUGAGCAAAGUUUUGUGUUUCUGGAUCAAAGAUAUUUCUCAUAAACAGUGAUCGAAAGAUGGGUAAAUUCUUAAUUUAAGUCUGAGAAUGCUUUGUGAACUUGGGGUCAAAUGUUUCUCUUAUUUCUACUUUAACAUGAUCAUCUCAUUAAAAUGUAUCAAUCAUUUACUGAUAGUCAGACUUAGAAAUAGUUUCAUCGUGUGCAAAAAAACAAGUAUCAAUUACAGCAAUUGAUUGGAGCAAUUUAUUCAAUCAAUUUAAAGGUAUUUUGAAAAGUUAAGUAAGUUUUGAUAUUAUGGUUAAAGUAAAAUACCAAAUACAUUAUUGUGGACUGAUUUAUUUAUUUUCAAAUCAUAAUUACAAACUAAUGUCCUACACAAGUUAUUGUAAGAAAUCUUUGCAGAUACUAGUGCACAACAUAAAUUGUAAGUAUGGUAUCUUUUUUUCUUUUCAUGUCUAUCACUUCACAAAUAUUGAUAAAAUUUGAUGAACUUUGACCUGCAAUCUAUAUGUGUUUUAUAUUAGAGAUCUUUCUUUGUGUUGAUAUUAUUGAUGUUUAUUAUUAUUAUUAUUAUUAUUAUGAAUAUUAUUAUACCUUUCUACUUGUGAUGUAAUAUCUAGUCAUUCCAUCUAGCUUCUAAUUAUUAGAAAUAUUGUUUAUGUCAAUAUAG